AUGAUUCGCCCAGUAACUACAGAUUAUGGAAUAACGCUAUUUUUAUCAUUACACUGGGGAGAUCCACGGCUGGAGUUCAAUGGUUCAGAAGCAAUUGAUCUAAGAUCGGAUUCACAGUUGCUCUCACAGAUUUGGACUCCAGAUUUAUACUUUGUAAACGUCAAGGAAGGUUCUUUACAUGAGGUGACAGUCAAGAACAAACACAUCAGAGUACAUCCAGAUGGUCGUAUUUUGUACGAUAUGAGGGUAAGCCUAACGUUGAUCUGCCAUCUUUAUCUUCAUCGGUUUCCAAUGGACGAGCAGAGCUGUGGGAUUCAAUUAGAAAGCUUUGGCUAUACAACGCGGGAUAUUCAGUUAUUCUGGGACGAGGAAGUCGAGGUGCAUCUAGACUCUGAACUGGCAAUGCCUGAGUUCUCUAUUGGCGAGCCCGUGGCUUUCAGAAAGGUGCUGUUUUAUCCUGGUUUAGGUUACUACGACCAACUUCAGUGCACAUUCCCACUUUCUCGAGAGCUGAUUUUCUACGUAAUGGAGUAUUAUGUACCGUCGUUCUUACUUGUAGUGCUCUCGUGGGUGUCUUUUUGGCUGAAUAUAGAAGCAUCACCGGCUAGGGCCAGUUUAGGCAUCACCACUGCACUCACUUUAACAACGCUAAGCUCGGCUGCACGUGCGCACAUGGCGAGGGUUUCAUAUACCAAGGCAAUCGACAUAUGGAUGCUUAUAUGUUCGGUAUUUGUAUUUGCUGCGUUGUUGGAGUUUGCUAUGACGAGUUAUGUGCACACUAAAGCGACUGGGAUGUCCAAAAAGUACAGACAUAUACCAUUGGACUCUCCAGUAAGCAACAGCCCGCUGAAGAGGCGUAUAAGAUCAACCGAGAUAUCUAUAGAAGAAAGGCACUGCCUACACGAGUCUGCUAUGCUGAAUAUCGAUCUGCCAUUAUCACAUAUAGGAAAAAGGAUUAUAACAAAACGCAAAACCGCAAAGGAUCCAGAAAGAUUGAAUUUUCCUGACACAAAUUACAGCAAAGUUUUCAGUAUUGGCAACUCUACUAAGACCUUGUUAGUGGGGAUGAUAGAUACUAUUUUAAUAUGCGGUAACACAGAUGAUGCUAUAACAGAUUCUAAACUGGAUGAACCGCAUAUCAAAGGAAACGUCAGUGUAAAUUACUUUGUUGUUGGUUCUGGUGCUAUAGUGGAUCCCUUUACUAACCAUACAGAUGCCAUCCCGCGUGGAUCACUCCAGUUUCAUUAUGCUGAUCCCAAUAGUCUUGGGGGAUUUGCUUUCAUUGAAAUGACGCAUCAGAGUGCCGUGUUCACAUUCAUUGAUGCUACAGCCCAUAAAGAUCUAUACCAAACUAUACUUUAUCCAAGAAAAGAUAAUGACAUAUAG